AUUCGAAAAUGGUAUCAGAUAAAAAAAAUAGAAAUUAUUAAGAGGUGUAUUGUCACUCAUAGUCCGCAAAUUGGUGAAAACCCCAGAAGGUCCACAAGGAUAAUCUGUGGGGGACUUUAAUUAUAGGCAUGAUCUUGCAUCAAGCUCUAGCGGAUCAUCACCCUGGCUAUCAAAUCCUUCUUGAAUUUCAAAUUCAAAUCCUAGCCUUUCUGGAGUAAAGCGACCGGCACCACCAAGGAAUCAAGAACUUCCAAGUGGCAAUGCUUCUUCAAGGCCAGGGUCUAGUUCAUUUCCUAGUAUUUCGGGAGUAAAGCGAUCAGAACCAUCAGGUGAUCCACAAUUUCUGCAGCCUCAACGACUGCAAUCAUUCACCAAUGAUGACAUGCUGAAGCCUCAAGCAAAUAACUUGUUCUAUGAAGUCUGUCAAGUGCCAUGUUCAGGUCUCUUUAACAAUAAGCAGCAUAUAAGUAGUAAGAAGCACCAUUUGAAAGUACAAAAAUAGGAGUUCAGUAGAAAAGACACCGGGAUGACUGUUUAGUAGAAAACCAGGGAGGUAGAAAGUGGUGCAGUUUGUGUAGAAUUUGGUGCAUGAAUGAUGACCCUGAUGAAGCUUCAUUUAGCAGGACAAACGCACAUGAAAGAACAAGACCGGUUAAAGCUUGCACAGAUUGGUGAGAUAAUAGAGCAGCCAACGUGGUGCAAAUUGUGUGGCAUUGAGUUUCCUGAUGGACGUGCUCUCCAUGUUACGGCCGUAAAUGAGUCGAGUUGAGCCAAGUAUUAAUUAAAGUGUUUAUCCUUGAUCUCAGCGAUUGACUCUAGUAGCUCAUUACUAAUUUUUUUUUUUUUCCUUUUUUAUGAUUUUAGAUUGCACAAUAGAAAGUACCACUUUUC